GGAGGGCAUGGCGGUGACGUCACGGCGGGCGGGUGAGGGCGGCGAUGGCGGUGACGUCACGGCGGGCGGGUGAGGGCGGCGAUGGCGGGGCCGGGCCGGGCGCUGCCCGCGCUCCCCUCAGGGCGCUCCUCCAAGUGGGACAUCCGCGAGAAGGUGUGGGAGCACCUGGAGGCCUCGGGCCUGGCCGAGUUCCCGCGGCCCGUGCGCGGCCGCAUCCCCAACUUCAAGGGCGCCUCCCAUGCUGCCACGAGGCUUCUGGGCUUGCAGGAGUUCCAGGCUGCCCGCAGAGUAAAAAUAAACCCCGAUGCUCCCCAGAGGAACGCGCGCUUCCUGACGCUGGAAGCCAGGAAGACUUUGCUGGUUCCCACACCACGUCUGAGGACUGGGCUGUUCAAUAGGAUCGUUCCCCCUGCAGGUGCCACCAAGGAGAUCCUGAGGAGAUGUGCCACGUCUCAGGGUGUCAGAGACUACAGCGUCCCUGUGGGGCUGGAUGGGAAAGCACAAGUGGACCUGGUUGUUGUGGGAUCAGUGGCUGUCUCUGAAAAAGGCUGGAGGAUUGGCAAAGGGGAAGGUUAUGCAGACAUGGAAUAUGCAAUGAUGGUGUCCAUGGGGGCAGUGCAGGAGGACACACCUGUGGUCACCAUCGUGCACGACUGCCAGGUGCUUGACAUAGCAGAGGAGCUGGUGGAUGAUCAUGAUUUAACUGUGGAUUACAUCCUCACCCCAACAAGGACUAUCCAGACAAACUGCAAACGGCCAAAACCUCAGGGAAUAAUGUGGCACAAGGUCAGCUCUGAGAUGCUGGGAAAAAUCCCCAUCCUGAAGACUCUUCGAUGCAGGGAGAAGCAGGCUGGCAAGGAUGUCACCCUCCAGGAUGAGCAUCCAGCCCUGGCAAACACCAACAGAGCAGCGAUUUCAAAGAAGGUGAUGGCUGCAAACACCCAACCACAGCCUGCUCCAGGCUCAAUGGGACAGCUCCAUGUGGAAAGUGAUCCUGGAAAUCCCAGAUUGGAGGGAUCUGACACAGUUACCACAGUGUAUGUGGGGAACUUGCCUGGCAGCCUGCGGGUGAGCGAGCUGAAAAGUGCUCUGAGGGAACUGCAGGUGGUUCCUGUUCGGUUGAGCUGGCAGGGAGCACAGCACAGGGCUUUCCUGGAUUACAGGGACCACGGAGCUGCACACAGAGCUGUGUCCUCCUUGCAGGGCCUGAGCCUGGGGGGCAAUGCUCUGACAGCAGAGCUGGCCAAGGGCCAGAGGAACAAAGGGCAAGGAGAAAUCAAUAGUCACAGAUGAGUAUGAAGGAGAAAAAUAAACAAAUUAAAAAUGGUGUUUUCAUCGUUUUGUGAGAAGCCAACCUGAAGUUUUAAGGUUUUUAGUAACCCUCAGGUUUAACAAAACCAAAUUUUUCCACAACCUGUCCUCACUCCUGC